UUGCUAUUUUGUUAUUUAACCAUUGCACCGCUCACCUCUGAGCGCUCGGUUGGAUGACAUUCGUCACUGCUAAAACGGAACGCGACCAAUCGCUAAUUCCUUAAAACUCGCUAUCAAAACCAGGCCUAACUCCUUAAAAAUGUGGGGUUUUUUGGUAAUAAGGUGGUUUUUUUGGUAAUAAAGAUCUCUUUCUUGCAGCUCCCUGACAGCCUUUAAUUCCUUGCCCAAGGAAUGUCCUCCCACGAGGUGUGUCCACCCACGUCCUGCGGCCCCACGCCGCUGGCCAACAGCUGCACCGAGCCCUGUGUCCGGCAGUGCCAGGACUCCACCUACGUGAUCCAACCCUCUCCUGUGGUGGUCACCCUGCCCGGGCCCAUCCUCAGCUCCUUCCCCCAGAACACCGCCGUGGGAUCCUCGGCCUCCGCCGCCGUGGGCAGCACCCUCAGCUCCGAGGGGGUCCCCAUCAACUCGGGCGGCUCCUCCUCAGGAUUUGGGGGGUUGUUUGGGGGAUUUGGGUACAGCCGGCCCUCCCGCCGCUAUGGCUCUCGCUUUGGGGAGCCGUGCUAAGGGAAAAGUGGGAUAAAACAGCCGGGAAUGCCGGAGCACCCCUGGAUCCCGCUCCAGAUGUGGUGGGAGACACCCACAACUCCGCCCGAGGUUCACGGAGAUGUGGGAGCUCCUCAAACCUUUGCUUGUCUUGUUCUUUGAUAUUUCUGAUGAAAUAAUUUUAUUUCCUGUCGCUUUGUGGCCUCAGUCCAGAGAGAAGAAUCCCAGGAUGAAAAGCCGUAACAGCUCCUGCUGAAUGGCAGAAAUAUCUCCCCACUCUUUGUACUUUUUUAUUCUGCUGUUUUGCUCUCAUUAAAGUCGCGCUGCAUCACGCUCCGAGUCUCCUGAUAUUUUUCAGAAAAACUUGAGAAAGUUUUAGCAAAAAGCUGGGGUUUCUAAUGAGAUUUUCCUCUGUUUUAUACAGUGAAAAGGGGCAGCAGAGGUUGCAGGAAUUCAGCCUGGAGAGGAGAAGCUUUGGGGUGGCUUCACUGGGACCUUCCAGGACCUGAGGGAUCUGAGGGAUCUGAGGGAUCUGAGGGAUCUGAGGGAUCUGAGGGAUCUGAGGGACUUUGGGCAAGGGCAGGGAGUGACAGGACAAGAAUUUUUGUUUCAGAAUGACAGAAAGUGGGUUUAGAUGGGAUUUUUGGGAAGGAAUUGUUCCCUGUGAGGAUGAGAAGGCUCUGGCUCAGGUUAUUCCAUGAAUUCCCCACUCCUGGAAGUGUCCAAGGCCAGGCUGGACCGGGCUUGGAGCAACCUGGGGUGGUGGAAGAUGUCCCGUGGUCCAGAUGUUCCUUCCUGAAUGAGCGAAGGAAAUAAACGGGAAAUCGGGGGUUUGGGAUGCGAUGGCAGCAAAAACCAGGUUUUCUCAUGGAAAAGAAAGGGUUUAUCCCGAUUAUUCCAGGCAAAUCCUGGCUCCCAGGGGAUGGAUCAGAAUCCCACAUCCACCAGCCUCGGUGGCACCAAACGUCGUUCUGUGAGGAAGGUGGAGCCGGCGCCCAGGGCAGCGCUAAUUGCACUCAUCCAAUUUGAAAGGUAAUUAAAAAUUUGCAUUUGAAGGCUGGCGAAAAACAGGUCUGAAAAACAAACAAAACCCUCCCUUUUUUGGGCGUGUUGUUUUGCAGAGCUUCUGGUGAGUAAAUAAUUUCUCCCCUGCAGUGUGAAUUAAUUUUUGGUGCUGUUUUCUGCUGGUCCAAGCAGAAUUCCAGCUGGGAAUUCCACACAACCGCGGCUCCUUGCAGGAAUUCUCUACAGAUCCCUCCAGGAGUCAGUGACAUUAAUUUUUGGACAAAACCAGAAAUCAUAACAGAAAUUUUUUUAAGUUUAUAAAUCCAGAGUAAGAUGCCAAAUCAAACCUCAAACCUGGGUGAUUUUAAAGCCGUUCGUGACAGAAUCUGAAUAAAAUUAACAGCGAGAUGAGCUCCAGUCAGGUGUGAAAAUGGAGGAUUUCACAUCUCCCUGUGCCACUAAUUCUUCUUAACCAGCUAAUUAAUCUCAGUCCGAAACGAAUCGCAGAUGCCACUCCCGCCAGAAAAAUUCCAUCUGUUCCUCCAUGGAUUUUGGGGUCACUUCUGUGCCUGGAGACUUUACUUUACAUUUUGAUUAAAAAUCACUUUUUUUCAGACGUUUAGUCACUCGCAGGUGUCUCAGGAGGAUGUUCUCACAUUAUGCAAAAUGUCUUGAUUGUAAUCUGAAUAUUUAAGUCUGGCCUUGAUGACAAAAAAUCUGUGAACUCUUAAUUCGCUCGCGUUAAUUCAUCUCAAAAUCAGGCCAGUAAGUCAUUCUG